CGCGGAGCGGCCGCGGAGCAGCAGAAAAUGGCGGCGGUGGAGGCGGUUCGGGGUUUGAUGAACGGGGCCGGACCUGGGGGUCCCCGGGACCAAGUGGCGGCUCUGACCCGCGAUUACAUCUCCCAACCGCGCCUCACUUAUAAAACUGUUUCGGGUGUGAAUGGUCCCCUGGUUAUCUUGGAUCAAGUUAAGUUCCCUAGGUAUGCAGAGAUUGUCCACUUGACUCUCCCUGAUGGCACAAGAAGAAGUGGGCAGGUGCUGGAAGUCAGUGGCUCCAAAGCUGUGGUUCAGGUGUUUGAAGGAACUUCAGGCAUUGAUGCUAAGAAAACCUCUUGUGAGUUUACUGGGGAUAUUCUGAGAACCCCAGUCUCUGAGGAUAUGCUGGGCAGAGUGUUUAAUGGAUCAGGAAAGCCCAUAGACAGAGGCCCCAGUGUUCUGGCUGAAGAUUUCCUUGACAUAAUGGGUCAGCCCAUCAACCCCCAGUGUCGUAUCUACCCAGAGGAAAUGAUCCAGACUGGCAUCUCUGCCAUAGAUGGCAUGAACAGCAUUGCCAGGGGCCAGAAAAUCCCCAUAUUCUCAGCUGCUGGCUUGCCCCACAAUGAGAUUGCAGCUCAGAUUUGUCGCCAGGCUGGCUUGGUGAAGAAAUCCAAAGAUGUGAUGGACUACAGUGAAGAGAACUUUGCCAUUGUGUUUGCUGCCAUGGGUGUGAACAUGGAAACUGCUCGUUUUUUCAAAUCAGACUUUGAGGAGAAUGGAUCCAUGGACAAUGUGUGUCUGUUCCUCAACCUGGCCAAUGAUCCCACCAUCGAGCGCAUUAUCACCCCUCGUCUGGCUCUGACCACAGCUGAGUUCCUGGCAUAUCAGUGUGAGAAGCAUGUCCUGGUCAUCCUGACAGACAUGAGCUCCUAUGCUGAGGCUCUGCGAGAGGUUUCAGCAGCUCGAGAGGAGGUUCCUGGGCGCCGUGGCUUCCCAGGCUACAUGUACACUGACCUGGCCACCAUCUAUGAGCGUGCUGGUCGGGUGGAAGGCAGAAAUGGUUCCAUCACUCAGAUCCCUAUCCUUACCAUGCCCAAUGAUGAUAUUACUCACCCUAUCCCUGACUUGACUGGAUACAUCACUGAGGGACAAAUCUACGUGGACAGGCAGCUGCAUAACAGGCAGAUUUACCCACCUAUCAAUGUCUUGCCCUCCUUGUCUCGACUGAUGAAGUCAGCUAUUGGAGAGGGGAUGACCAGGAAGGAUCAUUCAGAUGUAUCCAACCAGCUGUAUGCCUGCUAUGCCAUUGGGAAGGAUGUCCAGGCUAUGAAGGCUGUGGUGGGGGAGGAAGCUCUGACCUCAGAUGAUCUUCUGUACCUGGAGUUUCUGCAGAAGUUUGAGAAGAACUUCAUUGCUCAGGGAGCCUAUGAAAACCGCACUAUUUACGAGACCUUGGACAUUGGGUGGCAGCUCUUGAGAAUCUUCCCCAAGGAGAUGCUGAAGAGAAUUCCUCAGACAACCCUGGCUGAAUUCUACCCUCGGGAUUCCACUGCAAAACACUAGCCACAGCUUCAUUUUUUUUUCUCUCUUUGCUCUGUGAAAUGCUGUUUGUUUUCUCUUUUUUUUCCCCUCCAUGUGUUGGUGUUUACUUGUCACCCUUACAAUUAAAUCCCAGAGUAGGUGACAUUUGUGCCAGUGUUCCCAUCCACACUGAUACCAGUUUUGAAAAUACCCUUUCUUCCAAAGCCUUGGAUCUUCAGGAUCAUCCUUAGGCCAGCUCUUACAAAUAUGCAAUAGCUAUCACAAAGCUUGAGGGUUUUUUUUUUUUUAAUUUAUUUUAUGUUUUUGAGCUGGACCUUUCGUGGACAUCUCCAGGGAAUGUCUGAGGAUUACCAGGAAUUGCAAACCUUGACCUUUAAACCAGCACCACGUGGUUUAGGGAGCAGGAAAGAGUAAAUGUGACUUCUUUUUGUCCAAAGCAUCUGCUCAGGCUGAUCCCAGCAGUUGCCAUGCUGCUGGUAGGACAGAUGGCACUCUGCUGGUGUGCCUGAGGAGCAGGCUAAUGAGUGGGGAGUGUGGUGAAUGCCAAGUACCUUGCUGUGAAAGGCAACUCCCUGGCUUUUGGCUGGGACUCCAGAGUCUUCAGGGAAUGCAUGAACAGAGGACAGUAGUAGCUGCUCUUCCACAAGCACAGGGUCUUCUCAGAGGUCAAAGGACAGUAGGUUGCUACCUGAAGGUAGCAAUCCUUUCGUAAUGGAAGGUAACCUUUCCUAAUGGAAGGUUUUUAAUUGAAGUUUGCAGAGUAAACUUCCUACUUGCCCUGGUUUUAUUUUAUUUUUUCCUUUCAAUCCUGGAAAUGCCAGAGCCACAGAGCAGCAGGCAAAGCAUCCUGAGAUCAGCAGAAGUUGACUCAGGGCUUUGUGCUGCUCUCCAAGGGGAUUCUGAGAGGUGGAAAAACCCCUGGCACAGGGGAAAAUCAGCUUUUCCAGUCUUGUCCUACAGAGAAGAGCAGGAGAAAGUACCAGAAGGUGUGAAUGGGUGUUUGGAAUUCUGCUCUGAAGCAUUCCCCAGCUGGCACUGAGCCCUCAGCCCUGUUUGAAACUCUUGUGCUUUGCACUCCAGGCACAGAUUCGGCUGACCAGGAGAGCUCAGCAUUCCCUAGCACUGCAAACCAGCAGUCAGCUCCGUGUGAAGGGUUUGUUUUUUGGGUUUUUUUUCUCCCAUUUGGUUCAGCUGAGGCUCUGAGCCCAUUGCUGACAUGCUUCUCUGCUGCUUUGCCAGGCUUGCUGUAGUCUAAGCUCUGGUCUAGCUACCCAAAGCAUGUUGCACCUCCCUGAAUCCCUCCAGGGUUUAUCUGGGAAGGUGCUAACAUGACUCCAGCUCUGAUGUGCUGAUUCCAGCUUCUCCUGACGUCUCCUCUGUGCAGUUCUCUUUAUGGUUUGUUCAGUGUUCUCUGUGACUUGAAUGCAAUAGCAACUUUAUUCCAGUGCAUUCCACUGUAAAGCUGUGUCCAGUCUGGUUUUCUUCAGGUGUAGGGGUGGGAGGUUGGAAGUGUUGGCAUGAGAAAUACUUUGAUGUAGAGAAUAUCUUAAAUAAAUUAAAUAUAAAGGUGUUGAAGGAAACCAAA